AUUUUACUUUGGACCGCAAAGUACACUAUAGAACCCGUUCCUCCUCGUGCUUUAUUAAUAUUAAAUUAUCAGUUAGUAAAAUGCAAAUCACACUCUCGAAUUCAGUUAAUGUAAUGGCGAAGGAAGAAGUGUUUGAGUUCCUCGGGUGCGUUCCUCUGCUACAGAGGCUUCCUAGUUCGUCUGUGCAGAAGAUAUCUCAACUUGUGAUUGUCAAACACUAUGAGCCAGGAGAGUAUGUUGUUCGUGAGGGCGAACCUGGGGAUGGUCUUUACUUCAUUUGGGAAGGAGAGGCUGAGGUUGUUGGAUCUGUUAGCGCCGAUGAUGAAAAUCAUCCAGAGUUUCAUUUGAAAAGAUAUGACUACUUUGGUUUUGGUUUAUCAAAUGAAGUUCACCAUGCUGAUGUUGUAGCUUUGACUAAGCUAUCAUGCUUAGUGCUGCCGCAUGAGCACUCGGCACUGCUGCAGCCAAAGUCUAUCUGGAGUGCAGAAAAAUCUCACGAGACAUGCUCACCUAUGGAGCAUAUAUUGCAUUUGGAACCCAUAGAGGUAGAUAUCUUCCGAGGAAUCACCCCUCCAGAUGCUCCGAAAUUUGGGAAGGUGUUUGGGGGACAGUUAAUUGGACAGGCACUGGCUGCAGCUUCAAAAUCUGUUGAUUAUCUCAAAGUUGUUCAUAGCUUGCAUGCCUAUUUUCUUCUUGUGGGGGAUUUUAACAUACCAAUAGUGUAUCAAGUUAACCGUAUGCGUGAUGGUAAGAGCUUUGCUACGAGGAAAGUAGAUGCAAUUCAGAAGGGAAAUAUCAUAUUCACUUUGCUGGCUUCAUUUCAAAAAGAAGAAUUAGGGUUUGACCACCAGGAAGUGUGUAUCCCAUCUGUCCCUGCUCCAGAUAAGCUUCUGUCAAUGGAAGAGUUACGGCAGCAACGUCUUACUGACCCUUGUCUUCCAAGAACUUACCGGAACAAGGUUGCUACAACUGAAUUCAUUCCCUGGCCCAUAGAGAUACGGUUCUGUGAACCUAGGCCUUCUACAAAUCAGACCAAAUCUCCUCCUAGUUUGAGAUACUGGUUUAGAGCAAAGGGAAAACUUUCUGAUGAUCAGGCCUUGCAUAGGUGUGUGGUAGCAUAUGCUUCAGAUUUAAUAUUUCUUCAAGUAAGUUUGAAUCCCCACCGUGGCAAGGGCUUAAAGACACGUGCUGUGAGUCUGGACCACUCCAUGUGGUUUCACAGGCCUUUAAGAGCUGAUGACUGGGUGCUAUUCGUGAUCUUUACUCCUAGUGCCUGUAAUGCACGUGGCUCUGUCUCAGGCGAAAUGUUCAAUGAGAAGGGAGAGCUUCUUGUAUCAUUGGUUCAAGAAGGUCUAAUGAGGAAGGUUAAUUCCGCAGAUUCUGCCAUCAAAUCUAAGUUGUGAACAGCUGAAAAUGCACAGGACAUAUGGUUUUCUUUUUCAUUCUAUCUUGUUUUGUGGUGCGUGGUCAGUUUUUUUUUUUUUUUUUUUUAAAGAUUUUCCUGUUAUGCUGGUCAUAUAAAAAGUUUGGUGAACUGUGCAAUUUAUACAAAUCUAGUAAAAUGCCGUUAUAUUUGACUGAUCAAAUUCUUAAACGUGUGAUUAGGAUGUGGUACAAGUGAAAAUAAAAGGAAUGGAAAGGAG